AAGCAUCUCUCCACCAAGAUUAAUGACAACCAGGGGGAGAGUUCUCACAGACAUCUUGCAAAGACAAAGAAGGGAUUAGCUCCUAGGAAAAAGCUGGUGCAGAAAUAACCUUUCGCACUAAGAUGCAACACGUGGUCAGGAAGAGGAUCAGCGGAGGCCAGGCACAGGCUUAUUGGCCAGGAAUAACCAGCUGUUCAGGUGCAGGGACAGGUUUCAAUGAUCACCCAGCCACAGAUCCAAGAUUUUACAACCUGGACUGGAUGAAGUCUAUACCUGAUGAAACUCCAGUAUCUGCUAUCUCCAUACCUGGAACACACGAAAGCCUGUCAUUACAUGGAGGACCACUUGUUAUAUGUCAGGUUUGGACAUUGGACAAGCAACUUAAAGUUGGACUACGGUAUUUUGAUGUGCGUGCUGGGAUUUGGUGGCAUUCUCAAAAACAUCUUUAUAUCCGGGACAGUCACUGGUUGUUUAAGCAAAAUUUUCAAUUUGAUGAUGUCCUCAGGGUUAUUUUCAACUUCUUAAACAUCCACAGUAGUGAGACUGUGCUUGUGAAAGUAACACUACAUGGGCUUUUCAAGGGGAAAGUCGCAAAAUUGAUGAAGCAAUUGAUUGAAAAGCACAGAAAUAGAAUAUGGACCAAGUUGUCAGCACCAAACAUGCAAGAGGUGAGGGGCAAGAUUGUUCUUCUCCAGAGUGACACGUUCAAUCUUGGAACAAAAAACCAUGAGUCAUUUUUCUUUGAAAAUAACCGGCUAAUCAAUGUUGAAAGCAAAAUAAGGAAAAUCAAGUCAAAGAUCUGUGAUCAUCACAUUGUGCUGACUGACAGUGCACCAUCACGUUUUCGCAAGCCUAAAACAUUGGCUAAAGAAGUUAACAAGCAGCUUAAUGAGUUUGUGGUGCAACAUAAGAAAAGCUCCUUAAAUCAAGGUUGCUUAGGUGUCUUAAGCAUGAACUUCCCCAGUGCUAAUCUUAUUAAAAACAUCAUUCAAACCAAACCGUGCAUCUGUGGGAAAGGAGGUGAUGGAGAAAAGCUUCAAAUGACAAUUGAGCCCGAGCUAGUAAAACCUCAGUCUGAGCCAAACACUACACCUGAAGCAGUGCCAGGACCAGACUCAACAACAUCUGGCCUGGAGUUAAAAACAACAGCUGAAGUGGCGCCUGCAGCAGACUCAACAACACCCAUGCCGGAGUUGGAAACAACAGUGGAUGCAGCACCUGCGCAAGACUCAACAACGUCCGAGCCGGAGUCCAAAACAAAAUCUAAAGCAGUGCCCACACCAGACUCAACAACGCCUAGGCCUGAUUCGGAAACUACAGCUGAAGCAGCACCUGCACCAGAAUCAACAACAAGUGGGACGGACUCAGAAACAACAGCUGAAGCGGCACCUGAGGCGGUGACUGGCCUGAAUGUACUUCCACAGACUAUGCCUGAACCUGCACCAGAAUCAACGACAAGUGGGACGGACUCAGAAACAACAGUUGAAGCAGCGCCUGCACAAGACCCAACAACACCCAGGCCAGGGUCGGAAACAACAGCUGAAGCAGCACCUGCAGCAGACUCAAAAACCUCUGGGCCGGAUUCGGAAAUAACAGCUGAACCAGCUCCUGCAGCGGACUCAACAACGCCUGGGCCGGAUUCAGAAACUACGGCUGAAGCAGAACCUGCACCAGAAUCAACAACAAGUGGGACGGACUCAGAAACAACAGCUGAAGCGGCACCUGAGGCGGUGACUGGCCUGAAUGUACUUCCACAGACUAUGCCUGAACCUGCACCAGAAUCAAUGACAAGUGGGACGGACUCAGAAACAACAGUUGAAGCAGCGCCUGCACAAGACCCAACAACACCCAGGCCAGGGUCGGAAACAACAGCUGAAGCAGCACCUGCAGCAGACUCAAAAACCUCUGGGCCGGAUUCGGAAAUAACAGCUGAACCAGCUCCUGCAGCGGACUCAACAACGCCUGGGCCAGAUUCAGAAACAACAGCUGAAGCGGCACCUGAGGCGGUGACUGGCCUGAAUGUACUUCCACAGACUAUGCCUGAACCUGCAUCAGAAUCAAUGACAAGUGGGACGGACUCAGAAACAACAGUUGAAGCAGCGCCUGCAGCAGACUCGACAACGCCUGGGCCGGAUUCGGAAAUAACAGCUGAACCAGCUCCUGCAGCGGACUCAACAACGCCUGGGCCAGAUUUGGAAACUACAGCUGAACCAGCUCCGGCAGUGGACUCAACAACGCCUGGACCAGAUUCAGAAACAACAGCUGAAGCAGCGCCUGCAGCAGACUCAACAACGCCUGGGCCAGAUUCAGAAACUACGGCUGAAGCAGAACCUGCACCAGAAUCAACAACAAGUGGGACGGACUCAGAAACAACAGCUGAAGCGGCACCUGAGGCGGUGACUGGCCUGAAUGUACUUCCACAGACUAUGCCUGAACCUGCACCAGAAUCAAUGACAAGUGGGAUCGACUCAGAAACAACAGUUGAAGCAGCGCCUGCACAAGACCCAACAACACCCAGGCCAGGGUCAGAAACAACAGCUGAAGCAGCACCUGCAGCAGACUCGACAACGCCUGGGCCAGAUUCGGAAACUACAGCUGAACCAGCUCCUGCAGCGGACUCAACAACGCCUGGACCAGAUUCAGAAACAACAGCUGUAGCAGAACCUGAGGUGGUGACUGGCCUGAAUGUACUUCCACAGACUAUGCCUGAACCUGCACCAGAAUCAAUAACUCAUCAGCAAAAUUCAGAGUCAUCACCCAAGUUGCCCACCACAAAUAAAGAUGAACACCCGCUUAAACCUGACUCAACAGAACACAAACCACAACUGAUAAAUCCACCAGACACCAUGCCUGUAGCAGUUCCCAAGUCAUAUCCCGCUGUACUCCCUAAUAUUCCUCAUCAAGUAGAGCGCAAGCCAAAACCACAGUGGAGAAGACGUAAUUGUCAUAGAGGGUAA